AUCAGUCUUGCAGUCUCCACGACAAAGAACAAACCUCCUUCACAUCAACACAGACUUCUCCAGAAAAUCUGAAAGACUCGUGCAGUCCAGCCAGGAUACGCCAAAUUGUAGUGGACAUUUUACAACACUCGCAGACUCGUCCUCUGAAGGGAACAAUCAUGGGAUUGAAAGGAGCCAUGAAAACGUUUUCAAAGAAACUAGGAUUUAAAAGCAGUGGCUCAAAGGCUAUAGAAGCUGAACUUGAGAAAUUAAAGAAGGAAAAUGCCCAGCUGAGGAUGACUUUGGAGGACAUGUCGAAACAAAAUGGAAGGCUUUAUCCUGCAUGUCCUGAGUCAGAUGAAGCCAAGCUGCUGGAGGUUCCUUCAGAUGAGAUCACCAUUCUCAAGGAGCAACUGCGAGAUGCUCAGGAAAAAAAUCAGAAAUGGAAAGUUUAUGACCAUGAGAGAGAGUCCUGUAUGCAGUGGAAUCUGGCCAGACGUAUAGAGCUCGAGCAGCAGUUAAACCAAGCCCAGCGAACACUAGAACAACAGCACGAAGAGACCAAAUCAGAAGGUCAGUCACCUGCCUCCAUGCAGCAGGAGAAGCAGCUGCAGGAGAGCCCGAGGGAGAUGGAGGAGGAAGGCAAAAGGGCGAGUCGCCUACAGGUCGAGUUGGUGGCGCUGAAAGCCAAGUAUGAAGAGAAGAGCCGUGAGGUGGUGCGAGUCCAGGAGGAGCUGCAAGUGGAGCGUAGAAGUUGGCGACAAACUUUAGCUUUACGGCAUGAAGAUCAGAAAAGAAUGGCCGUUUUAGAGCAACAGGUCCAAUCGUCUGCUAGAGACUUUGAGAACGAGAAACAGGACCGACAAAGUCUACAGCACCUGCUCCACAAAGUGCUGAAGGAGCUUCGCAAGGCUAGAGACCAAAUCACACGCUUGGAGUCGGCAGAAAUCCACGUUCACCAAAGUAUCACUUUUAAAAAAAAGAAACUGCAGCGAGAAACUCGGUUCUCUGAGCCAAGCUCAUGCACCAGGCUGGAUUUGGAUAAGACGACCAAUCAGGACCGUAUCCUGAACCCCACAUCUCCAUUAAAGAGCUCCAACACAUUGGAUGAGCGCUUUCUGGACUGUCCCAUCUGCAGCGCCUCAUACCCUGUCAGCCAGCACAGAAAGCUCCUUGAACACAUUGACUACUGCUUUAAUUAAGGGAUUAGGGCUUGAUAUUGCUUAUAUUUUCCAUUUUUCCUCUUUUUUAUGUCUUUUUAUAUUUUUGUAUUCCAAAUCAAAUUUCCACUGUUUUUUCAUUUAGUUUUGGAUUAAUCAAUGGUGUGCUUGAUCGGCUUUUGAGUAUUUGCAAAGGUACUGCCUUUCCAUCAAUGUGGAGCAUAUUUAAAGUAAAUUUUAACUCCUGUUCGUUCUGGUUGGGUAACUGUAAUGUGCCCAAGUGGCAAGUUUUCUUCCCUAGUAUCACUCAAAGGUGUUGAAGUGGCACAGGAUAGACUCACUUUCAGUAAUCUGUCCUGAUGCUGGAAAUCAGAUCUGUCUUGAAUUAGGCUGCAUGUGUGUAAAUCCUUGUAUUAGACCGAUUUAAUGAAAACAAAGCAAAUCAUCCAAAAUCACUGAGCAACCUUGUGGUCAAGAAACCGGCAAAAGACAGACAGUCAGCAAACAGGACAAACUAGGUC